AUUUUAAAUUAUUUAUUAUAGAGUCAGUGUUUCUAAUUAACUUAAGUCACUUUUUAAUAAAAAAGUUAUAUUAUUAAAUUUAAAUUAAAGAUGGAGGAAGAGCAAGUAAGGAUUCGCUGCAUGGAUGAUGUAGAGCUACAAGUAAAUAAAGAAGCCUUGAAAUUCUAUCCACUUCUAUCUACUUCUCGAGCUCGAUUUUAUGCUGAUGGUGAUGAUAAACCAAUCGAUCUACAAGAUGUUGAUCCGGAAACAUUUAAUGAAAUUGUUACUUGGAUGAAUAGACAUCAGAAUGAUGCAGGACGAGUUCCACUUGAAGAUUUACAGACAGUUCAAAAAACGACGUUUACUGAUGAAGAUAAAAGUCAUUUAGAAAGCCUUCGCCCUCUGGUUUUUAUCCAAGUUAUGAUUUUAGCUGAUAGAUACAAUCUUCUAGAUAUACUAGAAUAUUCAACUCAAAUAGCGGGAAGUAUUUUUGCAAAUAUGGGAGUACAAGAAUUAAGAGAUUUAUUUUUUGGUGGUGAAAGUGGUUUUACUGAAGAAGAAGAAAAUAAAUUACGUGAAGAAAAUCAAUGGAUCGAAGAACUGUAAAUUUUAUUAAUUAACUAAAAUUAAUUUGUUGUAAAAAAUUUUAAUUAAAUUAAAACGAUCUAUUGUAGAAAAAAAAAUGUCUAACAAACUUGAUUAAUAAAU